AUUAUCAACAGCUCAGACUGAGCUAACUCACGUUUAACACAGAUUCUAGAGUAUCUUGUUCUAACAGCACUUUGGCGAAUUAAUCUACUUGUGACAAAUGUAGUGUGCGAUCAGUGAGCAUUUAGAACCUACAGUUUGCCGGAAAUUAUUAUUAAUGUUCAAAUAGAAACAAACGUGGUCGUGUUAGCUCGCUAGCUAACGUUAGCAGUGAUGGCAGAGCCCGCUCCACCGAUGUCAGUGGCUGUGCAAAGUCGAAAACAACAUCGAGCUGCAAAGAGGAAGGAGAAAAGAAAACGGAAACGUCAAGCUGUUGCCCAAGCCAGUGAAUGUGGAUUAAAAAAUGGAGGAAGCUCUACACCUGAAGAAGGACUUGGUGAUGGAGAUGAGGAGAAUGAUUUGGCUGAGGAUGAAAGACUGCGGCUACAUGACGAGUGGCUGGAAAGAGAGAGGAUUGCUCAGGAGGAGUUCAGGCUGAAGUUUGAGAAGGAGGAGGCUGCAAGGAAGAGAAAAGAGGAAGAGGAGCGGCUGAUAAAGGAGGAAUGGGAGGCUCAGCAGAGGAGAGAGCAAGAAGAAAAAGAGCAGAAACAGCAGGAGAAACGAGACAAAGAGGAGGCUGUUCAGAAAAUGUUGGACGAAGCUGAAACUCAGCUUGAAGAAAGCCGACCGUGGAUGAAUCCUGAGGCUCCAGUGACAGAAAAAACUGAAAACUUUGGAACGGAGCGCGACGUAGCCAACUGUCCGUUCUUCCUCAAGACUGGAGCGUGUCGAUUUGGAGACAGAUGUUCUCGGAAGCAUGUGUAUCCCACGGCCAGCCCGACCCUGAUGAUCCGCGGCAUGUUUACAACGUUCGGCUUGGAGGAGUCGUGCCGUGACGAUUAUGACAUCGAUGCCUAUUUGGAGCACAGUGAGGAAGACCUGCACGAGUCUUUCCUCGAGUUCUACCAAGAUGUCCUGCCAGAGUUUAGGAGUAUCGGCAAGGUGAUUCAGUUCAAGGUCAGCUGUAAUCAUGAGCCACACCUGAGAGGAAAUGUUUACGUUCAGUUUGACACAGAGGAGCAGUGUAAAGAAGCUUUGAUCAGAUUUAAUGGGAGGUGGUACGCAGGCCGGCAGCUUCACUGUGAGAUAUGUCCUGUCACACGAUGGAAGAAUGCUAUAUGUGGGUUGUUUGACAGACGGACGUGCCCCAAAGGGAAGCACUGCAACUUCCUUCACGUGUUCCGAAACCCUGAUAAUGAAUUCCGGGACGCUGACCGGGACCUGCACUUGUCACCGGACCGCAGCGUCAGGGGAAGUCGCAGAGACGGAGCUUUCUCGGAGCGAUACGGAGACCGAUCGUGGAGACAGCGUCACAGCAGCAGAAGCCCACCGGGAUCAGAGAGAUCUCACAGCAGACGAGAGGACGACCGGAGGAGGAGCAGGAGUCGAGAGAGGAGGGGCUCUCUCUGGGAGAGGGAGGAGAGAUGGUCGUCUAGAUCCAGACACAGUGACAGGAGGAACGACAGGUACCUGGGCAGUCGAGACAGAGUGCGGAGCAGGAGUCGAGACAGACAGCAGAGGCACAGGAGUAGAGAUAAAGACAGGGAGUCCAAGUGUAGAGAUAGUCGAGACAAAGAUGAAGUCGAUCGCAGAGAAUCGAGAAAACGGUCAAGGAGCACAAGUACAGAAAGGGAAAAUAGACGAGAGAAAAGUAAAGAAUUGAGCCCCAAAAUACCAGAGAAAAGCAGCAAACACUCCCGCCACAAACGCUCGAAAAAGAACAAGAAAAAGAGCAAGAAGAAGCAUAAGAAGAAAAACCAUCUGUCGGAAGCGUCCGCUUCAUCAGCAGAAUCAGUCAAGGAGUCAGAGGAAGAGACCGAGACUUGUCCUCCCAGUGGACAGACAAACGAAACAGAGCUAAUCGCUAAAAACGGUGAUGUAGAUGUGAACGUUGAUACAGAUUCAGUCCCGAGUGAACAACCGAUAACUGAAAUACUAACAAGUCAGCCAGAAACUGCGACGUAGAUAUUUUUAUGGAUGAGUGUUAAUGCACAUGUGAAUAUUUUUGCUUUGAAAUCUGUGGCAUCACGAUUGUUGUUCCCCAAGAAAAAGAUCCACUCGUUUUCCUUUUUAAAUACAUUUAUUUGUUAUUAUCUUUCAAAUGUAAGAAGACAGAAAUGUCAGCAGACAUGUUGGCAGUGUUCAAUACAAAAGUAACUGAUUUCUUUUUUUGCACAAAUCAAAGAUGAAUGUUGAAUAAUUGCUCAUAAAAGCUCAACAGAAA